AUGGUAAAUCCGAUAAAAGAAGGUAAGUCUGUGAUGAAUAAUGCUGAUGUCCAGGGCCCCCGGGAGCUGCCGCAGGCGGGCGGGCCGGCAGGCCCCGAGGGCGCGGACAGGGCGCUGGGCGAGGCGGGGCUGAGCUUCACGAUGGCCGACAUGAGCCUGGUGGAGAUAACGGAGGUGGAGUACCUGCAGCUGCAGCACAUCCUCUACUCGCACAUGGAGGCGGCGGCGGCCGACGGCGAGCUCGAGACGCGCCUCAGCUCGGCCUUCCUGGUGGCGGCGGCGGUGCCGGGUGGCUUCGCAGCAGCGGAGGGCGCGCCGCCCGUGUACCCGGUGCUGUGCCCCCCUGCGCUGGCUGAUGGCGGCUUCGCGGGCGCCAGCCCGUGCCUGGGCGCCGUCGACGUGCUGGAGCUGCGCAGCAUGCUGCUGAGCGAGGCAGGCGCGGCCCCCGCUGCCGAGCAGACGCCGGGAGCCGACGGCCCGGGCCCUGGCGCGCCCCGGCCCCGGGCGCCCGAAGGCGCUGGCAAGGAGAACGCGGAGGGCGCGCCCGAGGCGCGGGCCAAGCCGGCCGUGCGUGUCUGCCUGGAGGACCGCUUCAACAGCAUCCCCGCCGAGCCCCUGCCCGGCCCACGCGGCGCGGAGACCCCGGAGCCCGGCGUGGCGCUCAGCAAUUUGGUAACUCUUAUUCGCCAUCCAUCCAAGUUAAUGAAUGUGCCUCUUCAUCAGCAGCAAAACAAAUGUACAACAUUGGUGAAAAACAAAACUGCUGCUGCAACGACCGCUUUGCAGUUUACAUACCCUCUGUUCACUCCCAGUGCUUGCUCUACUAGUGGAAGUUCUAAUCUUUGCCAAACACAGAGUUCUAGUAACUCAUGUUCUAUACUCGAAGCUGCCAAGCAUCAGGAUGCUGGAUUGCCAAGAGCAUUUUCUUUCUGUUAUCAGCAAGAAAUUGAAUCCACUAAACAGACUUUGGGUGGUAGAAACAAAGCUUUGCCGGAGCAGGUUUGGAUUAAAGUCGGAGAAGAAGUGCUAUGUAAACAAGCAAUAAAUAAGAGGAAUCGGAGUAGGAUACAUCAGUUGGACACGCACAUAGAGCGAAGAGCCCUUGGAGAGAUUCAGAACGUGGGCGAAGCCUCCACAGCGGCGCAGGGUGCUUGGCAGUCAGCGGAGCCGUCCCAGGCCACCCUCUGGAAGCAGACGCAGAGCGGGCCCCAGGGAGGCAGGUCCCAGUGCAGGGAGAGGCACAACCGCAUGGAGAGAGAUAGAAGGCGCAGAAUCUGCAUCUGUUGUGACGAGUUGAAUCUUUUAGUCCUGUUCUGCAACGCCGAGACUGAUAAGGCAACGACCCUGCAGUGGACCACGGCCUUCCUGAAGUAUAUUCAGGAGAGACAUGGAGAUUCUCUUAAAAAGGAAUUCGAGAGUGUAUUUUGCGGUAAAACUGGCAGAAGGCUAAAGCUGACCAGACCAGACUCCUUGGUGACGUGUCCCACACAGGAGAGUCUACAGAGUAGCCCGGCUAUGGACAUCAAGUGACUGAACGUGAACACGGAUUCCUGGGAAGUAAACGGCCGCUCCUUCGUGACCCAUGAACAUUUCCUAGGACCCUGGAACUCUGCUCUGAUAGUCUAAUUCUAAAGGGACAUGACUUAGCUGAUGGGACUCCGGUGGGGACUUUGAAAGCACAUUUUGUAAAAAUAUUUAUCUGAAACAAAAUACUUACCCAUUAAUGUCCUCUUAGACCAUUUGGGGAUGAAGACAUCUUGACAA